CAGUUAACAAAAAACUUAUGUGAAUAUCCUGACAUUUCAUUAGAUAUUGAUGUUAAUGUACGGUGAUUAAACUAUUUGUUUGAUUAAAUUCCUAAUGCAAUUGGAUAAUUGGGCAACAUACAAUCUAUCCUUAAACUUAUGUAUCUGUUGCUGUAGUUCCUGUUGAGUCUCUGGGCUCAACCUCUGGAUUCCGUCCAAGAAGAAUGUGGCUCAAACAGAUAGAGGAACUUGGAUAAAAUUGGGGAUUUAGGGUUUUCUCUUCCAGAGUCGUCAAAUAAAUCAUUCCCCGAAAAUGGAUUCCGAAGGUACAGUGAACCCUUCAGCAAUGUUGGCUUCCUUGCUUAGUAGGAGAGCCAAGCUUCAUGAGGAGCUUCGUAAUAUUGAAAAGCAGUGAUGCAUUUCUGGUGCUAUAUCCAUCUUGCUCAAAUCCCAUUUUCAUGGUUUAUGAUAUGGAGACAAGUUAUUUACAGGAUCCUGGACAGUGUGGAAAUGUGUUAAAGGGAUUUGAAGGGUUCUUAUCUUCGUCAAAGAACACUGCAUUCUUGAAGCGGUCUAGAAAGUUUCAGCCCGAAGAUAGGCUCUUUUCAUUAUCUUCAGUGACCUCACCAGCGGCAGAAGAGCUUGCGGCUGGUCGAGAUGACGGGAGAUCAGAUUUCGGUCCCGGUCGGUCCAAAGGUGGAGGAAUUUAUGCAAAUGGACAGGGUAAACCAAAGAAAGGAAGAGGUGCGCCAAGAGACGCGAAGAGAGCAAGGGUUUCAAGCGAACAAGAUUUUGAUUAUGAAGAUGAUCCUGACCUGUUGUGAUCGAACAUUCUGAUGCAACUUUCUGUUGAACCUUGUGGAAUGUAAGAGUAAGAGCCUGGAAAAAUAUUGCUCUCUUCGCGAUUUCUCAUUCUAUGUAUUUAGUUGUAGAUUUUGUACUUCUUAGGCGAACAUUUAUUUUUUGCGCAAAUUUUUGUUGGAAGCCUAAAUGAUUGUUUUAUUAGAUUUGUUACUAUAAACCUAUACAGAACUAAAUUACUUUACCAACUGCUAGAAGUUGUUGUUUUCUACUGUUUGGGCGGCUUUUGGUGGGAAUCUAGCUAAGAAAAAACCCUUUGGCCAGUAAAGUAAUGUUCUAUA